CGGACAUCCGGCCGAAUCCAAACGGCCGACGGCUAUAUAGGCCGACAGUCAGAUAGCCGAAACUAUUUUAGCCGACAAGGUCAAAAGGCCGACACUACGAAAAGCCGACACUAAAAUAAAUUAAGUAUAAGCUAUACAUUUUCAAUUCGAUAACGUAGUGUUGUCUUUUGUUGUAAUAAUGUUAUCGAUAACUUAUCGAAAUUUAACGAUACCUAAUACCUAUAGCCUGUAAUCUACAGUGGGUAUUGCUAUUGCAUGUUCAUAAAUACUGUUUCAGUUGAUUCGUAACCACGCCGCGUCUUUGCAUUCAUUUUUGUGUCGUUGUUUAAUUUAAUUUAUGUAUUUGCAUUAAAUAAUUAUGGAAUAUAAAAUUGAAAUUUUUGGUACAAAAUUAUUAAUUGACAAUUUUAUCAUGAUUAAAAACAAAAACCGUAACAAUAAAUAUUAUUGGGAAUGUGAAAAGAGGAAACAUACUAAACGGCAUAAUAGUAAUAAUGAAUAUUGUAAUGCAAGAGCAGUAACAAUUCUUGUUGAUGGUAAUCAUAUUGUUAAAGAUAAUUCUUUUUUAAAUCACAACCAUGGGCCUGACCCAUGCCGAUUGUUGGUAAAGAAAAACAUAAAAUAUAUUGUUUCAAAAGCUCUGUCUUCGAGAGAUAAACCUUCGCAAAUAAUACAGGAAGCAACGAGUCGCAUCCCCGUCAAUUCUCAGCCAUACAUGCCAUCAGUUGAAGCAACGCGAAAAAUUAUUUCACGGUGUAGAAAACAUCAGAAUCCACCAGAACCAACAAGUCUUUCACAAAUAGAUAUUCCUCUUAACUUAUGUAAGUCUUUUAAUGGUCAAACAUUUUUACUAAAAGAAAGUACUAUUGAGAGUCACAAAAUAUAUAUUUUUUCUACUAAAGAUGAAAUAUCAAAACUUGUCAAUGCCAAUUAUUGGGUUAUGGAUGGUACAUUUAAAACUGUGCCAAGUAUAUUUUUACAAAUGUACACCAUACAUGCACCUGUUGGUGGAAAUAAUUCUAGAAUUUUGCCAUUAGUAUAUGUUUUAAUGACCAGUAAACAACAAUGUUGUUACGAACGUUUAUUCGAAGACCUAAUAUCAAUUUGUGAUGAUUUCGGUUUCGAUGUUUCACCAAAAUGUAUUAUAACAGAUUUCGAAAAAGCUGCAAUUAAUGCAGCUAAUAAAGUAUUUCCAGAAUGCCAACAAAAAGGGUGUUUUUUUCAUUUAGGCCAAAAUAUUUGGCGAAAAAUCCAGUCUAGUGGAUUGGCUACUAAAUAUGGAGAAAAUGAAGAAUUUAGUUUACAACUUCGAUGUAUGUGGUCACUUGCAUUUUUACACCCAUCAGAUAUACCUAAUGCUUUUGAUCAAUUGAAAGAUUCAUUACCCUAUGACAUUCAAAAUUACUUUGAAGAAAAUUACGUGCAUGGAAAAGUACGAAGGAAAUUUAGAAAUGGAAUAGUAUCUCGAUAUGAGCCAUUGUUUCCACCAUCAUUUUGGUCAAUACAUUUCAAUCAUGAAAACAAUAUUCCAAGGACACAAAACAAAGUCGAAGCAUGGCACAAAAGAUGGAAAGUAUUAGUAGGAGCUGAUCACGUUGGGGUGUAUCGUAUAAUUGAGGAAAUGAGAAAAGAGCAACAACACGUUGUGGGGCAAAUUCAAAUUAUUUUAUCCGGACAAGCAAGGCCAAAACAAAGUUCAAAGUACGUAAAACGUCAAAACCAAAUUCAAACUAUUCUAAAUGAUAAAGAAAACAGAACAACCCUCGAGACAAUAAGAGGUAUUGCAUACAAUUUGCACUAUUAAUUUUUAUUUAUUAACAUUUAACUAUAUAACAUAAUUAUCAAUUAUAAUUUUAUAAACUAUUAGUAUUUUUUAUUUUUUAUGUAUAAAUAUCAAAUUUUUUAAUUUUUAAAACAUAUUAGGAAUAUAAAAUGUACUCAAUAAUAAUUUAUUAGUAUUUUUUAUUUUUAUGUAUAAAUAUCAAAUUUUUUAAUUUUUAAAACAUAUUAGGAAUAUAAAAUGUACUUAUAAUUAUUAACAAUACACUAAAUUUUAUUUUUAAGAAUAAGUAUCACCUAUAUAUAUAUAUCUGUGUGUGUGCAUAAUUUACCUAUCUCAACAUAAAAUUACUUAAUCGGCCAUUUAAUAUGUCGGCCUAAUGCGUGUCGGCCUAUAAAUUUGUCGGCCAUUUAGUAUGUCGGCCUAUUGCGUGUCAGCCAAAUGUCUGUCGACCAAAUGUCUGUCGGCCGAUUGUACC